AUGUCCGGACGCUUGCUUGGCCUUUCUUCAAGACGAUGCCCCAAAACUCUGGAAGCCGAUCCCAACGGUAGACUCACCUGGCCUGAAUAUCUCGCCCUGCGGAAACAGCAAAGGCGUUAUGCGCUAUUUGCUACAAUCCCUAUCACCACCCUCGGCUUGACCCUCGGCGUCAACUAUUUUGCUACGAUCGAAGCAGCGCCUACUGACCUGAUCAUGGGAAUCGAAGCACCUUAUGUGUACGGACUGGCCACUCUGAGCUGUGGUUUACUUGGCUAUCUCAUCGGCCCAUCCAUUGGGCACGCAUUCUUCCGGCUACGGGUUAGCAAGCCGACCCAACGAGCUAUGCAAGACAAAAACGCGCAAUUUUACCAUCAUAUCAAGCGACAUCGAGUCGAUCCUGCUCAAUCGAUCGUCAACAAUCCACUACCAGACUGGCAUGGAGAACGGAUCGGAAGCUUGAAGGAGUAUCGAAAAUGGUUGAGAGACCAAUCAGCAUACAAGCGAAAGGCCACUCAACAUAACAUGCUACUAUCCUCCGAAGAUCUCAAUAGAGGCAAAGAUUUACUCUGA